CAACAUCACAACUAUCUGUCAGCGGCUCGCCAAAGCACGACCACUGUAUCACAAAUAAUACCUCAAACGUUGUGACUACUUCAUAUAGCACCUCAUCUCCUACAGCUCUUGUAUCUUCAGUCAUAAUUAUUGUCUCUGUGACAUUUGACAUUUUGUCUUUUUCUUCUUUUAGUGUUGUAAAGUUUUGA